AUGGUGUUCCCGCCCGACACGGCUAGCGGCUGCCAGAGUCCAGCGUUGGCAAUUCACAGCGCGCUCAGAGGAAUCGGUUUUAAAGAGGGAGGAAAGGAGUUUAUUUCCGCAGGGAAGAGCAGCUGCCCUCCCCCGCCCCGGGGCAGAGCACCGGGAACGACCUCUCCUCAGAGCCGCGCCGGUCGCCAUGGACACCCCGCUUCCGGGCGGGACCUUCCCACCGCGGGGCGAACGCCUGACCGCCGCGUCCUGCCCGCCCCAGGCGCCGCCGCCUCAGUCCGCCAGCGCGGGUCAGGCGAACGGCGAGGCAGCUACAGCGGGGUCCUGCCGGGAGACCCAUCUAGCUCCGCCCCGCGGCGGGACGCUCUUUCCGGCGCGGGCGGCGGCGGGGGCGGGUGCUGCUGCCGCAUGGUGACACCGCGGAAGGAGGCGAUAAGAAACCCUGAUGCCCCGAGCACGUUGCCAUACUGGCGGCGUGUUUCUCCAGAAACUUCGCCUGGGACAAAGAAGGGUGACCGAGUGAGUGGCUUUUUCAGGAGUAAGAGCUCCAAGGUUCUCCCGGUGCGGUGCAACGCGACGCUGCGAAAGGAUGCGAUAAGAAACCCUGAUGCCCCGAGCACGUUGCCGUACGGGCCGCGUGUUUCUCCCGGAGUUUCGCCCGGGACACGGAAAGGUGACCGAAAGUAAAAAUCAUGCCCUGCUUCGGGGCGCAGUCUGUCGGGAGUACUUGAGGACGAGCGGCGUUUCCUGGGGGCAGACAGCGAGGGAUCCCGUGGGACGACGGCUGCACCGACUGACGGCAGACGGAAUUCUGGCGUUCAUCAGAUCACGCCAGCGCACGUGGUGCGGUAAGUGCCGGCACAGGUCGUGAUCCUCAUCUUGUGUCGACCCCCAGCACGUCCGGGUAAAUGUGACAGGGUCGCUGUGGGAACAACCGCUUGCAAUUCAUGAUCUUGAGGACUGCAGACUUAGGAACUGGGUGCAGUUGGAUAUGGAUGGCAAGAACGGUUUUGGUACCUUAUUCAACAAUAAUCUGAUGGGCCCAACUUUAGGAUUCAUCUCCUGAAGAGAAUUGUCAGAUUUGGGAACAUUGUGCUUUCAAUGUUCCUUUACUGGUGGCUUUUUGUCUGCGUUUUUUGUGAAUUUUGUAGCAGUCUCCCCGAAACAUUGCUUAGGUACAGGUCGUAGCGGGAUCUUGUCGAUAACUGCUUGUGGAUUUCAUGAAUUCUCCUCAAGCGGGGGGGUAUGUUGAGGAGAAAGAUGUGCCUGGCCAGGGGAGGAGGAAAGGUUUGGAUUUCAUAGAUACUUAUACACAGAGAUGUGUAUGACAGUCGAUAUUAUGCUAUAUAGUCACAUACUUGUGUGGUGUCUAUAGAAAGGAUAUAGUUAUGCAGAACGUAUGAAUUAUACGCGUGUAGCGUGUCUACGCUUUAGUGUCUUGUAGAAAAGAAGGGUUGUAGUAGCCAGUUCUUGUGUUGUCUUCCUCAAAUUGCUUUUUUCCUGUAAUAGCUUGAAAUGCUCGGAAGACGGGUCUAAGUUUUCUUUAUUUAUUUGGCCUGUACUCUUAUC